AUGUCCGCCCCUGUGGCCACGUCGUCACGGAAUCGCACCGUAUCAUUAAGUUCUGGCGGAAGGUCUGCAGCAAGGAGCAAAUCGUCUCAGGUUCCAGACAGCACUACCAUGCCUCACGUCACGGAUUUGAAGUACUUUGACCCCUGUGCCGCCACGGCCUCUAUGUUUCUUUAUGCCCAGGGUUCAUCUGUCGUCUGUUGUCACCAUGAUACCCUUACUAUUGAACGAAGAUUCUCACGACAUGCCGAUGAGGUUCAGUUACUGGCAGUCGAUAACCAGAGCGAGAGUGGCGGUGGUCGCUUGGUUGUAAGUUAUGAUGCUGGUCAGACAGCAAUUGUAUGGGAUUUAAUGACGGGCGAUGAAAUCGCUCGAUUUGCCUCGUACGAACAUUUGACUGUCGCAGCAUGGAUGAAAAACGGCAAUGUUGCCUUCGGCAACACGAAAGGAAGUAUCAUCAUGUUUGAGCCUUCAACUUCCGAGCAUGUCUCUUCAAGAACCAUUGAUCAGAUUGCCGUGACUGCACUCGCUCCUUCGUCUGAUUGUCGAACAUUCGCCAUUGGCUAUCAAAAUGGCUCUCUAUUUGUGGCUACAUUACAACCUCGCUUUACUAUUCUACAUAAUCUCACCACUUCCAGAGGACCCUCGCCUAUCGUUAAUCUCGCAUGGCAUGCCUCUUCUUCGCGGCAAAAAUCUGACAUGCUUGCGGUUCAAAUGCGCGAUGGCGACCUCCGUGUCUGGAGCGUGGCAAAGAAAUAUAGCGCUGAUGACCCUGCUAAAGUGGUUCGAAACCUCAGAAAAGCAGAAAUAUCUAUGGAUGGGCCCAACUGGAUGGGAUGGUCCAAGAACGGUCGCAUAAUCCAGUAUUCCGACUCGCAAACACAGUCAUGGGAUGUUAGGACAAAGCACGUCACACAUGAUCCCAUCCCGACUCUCGAUCUUGUUCGCGGUCUUGCCGUCUAUGGCCCAGGAGCCACUCUUUUCACCCUCGGCCCCAACAACACAGCACAGCAGUUCGAUCUCAACUCCCCAGCAAUUAUGGUUGCCAACGUUCAGCACCCAGCCAAUUUGCUGCCACCGUCGCCUCCAGUCUCUGAGGAGAUCGGGGACAGAUCAGCAAACUCGGCCACUACCAUUGCCUCCGAAUCCGAGUCCAGCUCGAUCCCUAUGGACAUGAACAUUUCUGAAAGCGACGAAGACCAUAUGUCACCAUUUGCCCGCCUGACAAGACGCCAGGUUUACGACUCUGGUAAUGAGCCCUAUGAAUCAGCCAGCCCUGUCUCCAGCCGGAGUGGUCUUUCGUCCUUGUCAAAGUCCUCAGCAGGGUCCUCUCAGACCCCUGGCCGCUACCCUCAAUCAACGAGGUCAAGGGGUCUAUCAGAAAACACUUACAUCUCGGCCGGGACCUCGAUCCGGUCAUCCACUAUCGGCAACGGUAAUGGCAAUGUUCAAGGCUAUUCGAGGGACAUGGAUGCGUACUCUAUGGGAUAUUCUCUUGGCACCACUAGUGUCUCGUCCAUGACUUCAAGCCGCUCACGCCACAGACCCUCACGCCUACGCAAUGAAGUGCCUCGCAGCCCCGACGACAACAAAGUCCAUGAUCUCUUCAAAUUCACACGAGCUCGUCUCAGUGAUAUUCCAUACAAACAUGCUAUGGGAUCCAAUAACGCCCGCCUGACUAACGAUGAUCUGCGUCGUCAGAUGCUCAACACCAUUUUCGGAUGGAACAAAGAAGUUGAGGAUCUCAUCCGGGAUGAAAUGAGCAGGCACCCCCAAGGGUCUCCCAGCCGCAUCCUUCUAGCGAAGUGGCUUGGCGACAUCGAUUCCAACAUUAUGAAUGCCAACUUUGAAAACAUGACUUCAUCCGACUGGAUGCUCCUUGCAUUGAGCGGUAUUGGCGGUCAAGCCUCGCAACAAAAGCUUGGCCAAGCGUACGUUCAACGGUUGCUCGAGGCUGGGGAUGUACACGCUGCAGCCACGAUUAUGCUUGGCAUGGGCGAACACAACGAUGCUAUUGAAGUCUAUGUCUCUCACAAGCGCUACAUGGAGGCGCUGAUCCUUACGUGCCUCGCUGCUCCUAGCGUCUGGGAGCGUCAAGCUGCCAUCAUUCGGAAGUGGGGAGAAUGGGCUGUUCAGCAUGGCCAGCAACAACUGGCAAUCCGAUGUUUUGCUUGCACUGAUCAGGAGUCUACGGAGCCUUGGACAUCUCCUUCAGCUGCUCAGCUCAACUUCCAAUCGAUGACUCCUAGUAUUCCCGAGAUAUUGAGCCCACCUCUAUCUCCUCCUGGUGUUCAACGUGGCCCUCAGCGAAGCAUUGCCAAGACUUCUGCACUUAAGCUCAUCACCUCAUUUGGUGAUCAAUCGCAUAAAUCAAAGUUUUUUGCUGGUGAUGGAGGCCAAACACCUAUUGCCGCUGGUGUCACACCUAUUGCUGACUCUGCCGGCUCGCCUGCUUUGUCCCACGCCUCGAACAACGAUGCCACAACGGCGUUCCUCCGUCCGUCAAACAACAGCAGAUUCAACACACCAGUGUCCGCUCGUGCUCGAGGACGUUUGCCAUCGAUUGGUGAGAUACCAUCAGACCUCAACCGUGAUGCGAUCAGAACAGCGGGGCUUUCCGCUGCACCCUCUGAUUAUGAGCCUCGAUCUAACCAUGGCCGAACACCGUCUGGCAAUGAUAACAUGAUGUUCGGCACAGCAUUGCAGCGCGCUGCUACAGCAAGUCCAAUGAUGAUGCGCGAGCAUGCUCAACGGGUUGUUCAGCCAAGUGAAGGGGACUUCCCACCGCCACCUGACCAUGCUGUGAUGAUAAAGAUGCAGCAGGCAUCGCGAAACCACCGCAACGGCUCUCGUGAUCGUAUUCCGCUUGGUGUCAACCUACAGCUUCAGUCUGGAGUCUCGCAUGAGGAAGUGACAUCCCCCGAACAUUCAGUUACCUCGUCGAACCGUUACCACUGGCCGACUCGUCGCCGAGGCCCUGCAUCUGUUACCAGCUCCGUUACCUCUGCAUCGAGUGCCGGCCGAAGCCUUCGUCACCAAGCCGUUCGAAACCGAGAAGACUACAUUCAUAGCCUUGACGCUGCUAACCACUUCUCCAAGAGACAACGAAGCCGCCAACGAAGCCAGUCAAGGACCCGAGAUACAUCACGCAGCCGUCCUGGCAGUCGCGAACGAAGCGCUCGAUCCAGAGAGCCAUCUGAAGAACGUGGUCGUGUAGCUGCACGAGGCUGGUCAAAGGCCAAGCGAUCACCGACGUCUCCUAUCCCCAUGUCUCCCGAGGAUUUGCUGAACUUGAGCACUCCACGUCAUGUCCAAGCUGGUGAGCCAAACACGGUUCGUAAGGUUAGCACAUCAACUAUGAAGCCGGGAAGCCGAGGAUCAAGCCGAGCAAGCCGCCGUAGAAGUCCUGAUGGACGAAGCCGCCCCGCAGCCUUGACCCUCCGUGGGCGCAGUCAAGGCCGAGAGGGUUCUACACAGCGUUCUCCUUCCUCCCCUCUUCCUCUUGAGGUCACCACAGUUCAUUACCAAGGUUCCGAGGAUGAAGAGGACUUUAGAGCCGCAAUGGCUGCCCAGGAGGAAUUUAGAAACAAGCACAGCCGCAGCGCCACUCGAGGCCUCAACUCCCCCGCGCUGAGCAAGCAGGAUACUUCCGAGAAUCGACGCAGGGCCAACUCCGAGGUCGCCAAUUUUGAAGGACCAAUGUCUGUUCAUGGUCGAGCUGCAUCUACAGAGCAUGCCGGUGACCUCCGACAAAUGAAGGAUGAGCGCCAACGAAAGAAGGAGCAAGCAGCCCGAGAACUGGAAGAGCGUCGCAAGUCUCUGGCCAAGCGUGCUCAAACACCGUCUAUCCCUCACCCUAACGAGUUUUCUCCUGCUCUUGCCGUCACUGUUGAGACAGCAGAGCCCAAGCCGUUGCCUGACGAUAUUCCACCUCGGAGCGCCACUGAGCCACCGCAGAGGAGCAUGUAUGCCCGUAACGGUCCUGUGAUCGGCCUUCCAGCAACCCCCAAGGCUAUGAGGCUGAUAAUCGAGGGUAACCAUGAUCAGUCUGGAAGCACCCCCAGGCCCGAAAUGCCCAUGAUCCCAGCCACUUUCUCUCAGAGGCACUCACCAGAAACCUCUCCUCAGCAAUCUCCAGAGAAACCGGAGCCUAGCGCAGAACCUGGUCUUACUCUGCUACCAUCGACUGUCUACCAGCCCCCAUCUCGGCCCCCGAUUCCUCGUAGCAUGUCAGCUCCCAUUCCUGAUGAGCCUGGUCAACGUCCAGCACGGUUUGGGCGCAAGAGCAGUGUGGGACGUAUUGAAGAGGUUGUUCCUGGGGAGCGACGACGAUCCCAUGAGGAUGACCCUCUUCCUCCCCCUCCUCCCCCUCCUCCGGCACCUCCAGUGCUUAAGGAGCUUAGGCAUCUUGCUUCACCUCCUCCACCUCCUCCCGCCCCUCUUCCGCAUGCCCAGCGAUCUCAGCAGGGAGGUGCGAUUGCGUCAGGCAUGAUUGAGAUUGUCAUGGAUGAUGACCUGUCUUCUGGGAAUGACCAAGCUUCAGAGGCUAGCCCUCCAGCUCCAGCUCGUCAAAGAGGCCAUGGUCGAGGCCGAAGCAUUGGCGACAGUAGCAUCUCAGGACGAAUUCACAAGGCCACCGAGAGGCUCCGAUCUGCUAGUCGCAGUCGCAAGGAGUAUGUGCGAUCUCCCCCCUUCGAGGCUCCUUACGAGAGCAUUCCGAUGCCGCGACAGCUCAGAUCUCCCCCACCAGUGUCGUUCAACCCUGAUGUUCUGCGUUCGCCCAUCGACUCAAGGAACAAGCACAUGUCGACUGGCUUAAAUCAGAACGAGAUGAUCUAG